AUGGGAUGUUGUUGUGGUAAAGAAUCAAAGAAAUGGGAGGAAGAAGAAGGCAAAGUACCAUCAAACAAGAAACUACAAAAACAAAGAGCCGAUGGUAACAACAACAAUAAUAGUGGCAAUGCACACCACCGAGACCAAGAUGUUCAGGGAGGACCUGUAUCAGUAUUUAAAGCAGUAGACCCAGUUAAAAAUAGAAAGGAUAUUAUAGCAACACUAGAAGACAAUCCAAACGAUACCGAUGCAUUGACAAACUAUGCAAUUGUAUUGUCGGCUGAAGGUAAUGACAGCGAAGCAUUGGUGACACUUCAAAAGGCGGUUGAUAUCGAUCCUGAAAAGUCACGUUCAUGGCUUGCUAUUGCCGAAUUGUACGAACGCAAGAAUGACAAGCAAAAGGCAAGAGAGGUCUAUGAAAAGAGUUACAAACACGCUUCACCAAAGUUGGCAUUAGAUGGACAAGAUUCAGACCUCUUGCUCAACUUUGCCAUCAAUUGUGAAAAGGAAGGCGACUAUGAAAAGGCUGAAAAGUUGUAUAAACGUGUUGUCACCUCUGGCCCCACCAAUACACGUGGUGUUGGACACUAUGCAACCUUUUUAGCCAAUGUCAGAAAAGACAACCAAAAGGCAAACCUGUACUUUAAACAAAUCGCCGAUCAAGAACCAUCUGUAUCCUAUUGGUGUCACCAAUACGCUCUAUUCCUUCGUGACACUUUAAAAGAUGAAUCAACAGCAAAUAUUUAUUUUAAAAAGGCAUCUUUAAAUUAA